AUGAACUCACCACCACGAACUUUCAACGACUGCAAUACUACUACUUCUACAAAUGCAACACGACCAAUUGGGGGAUUAUUUACCACAAUGAUCAUGAGGAGCCCAGCAAUGAGCUCCUUUCGAUUGCCAGGUCUCGAUGGCCUUCCUACCAAUCUGGACCACGACCACAUCAUUGAUCAUACUGCUGGUGCUGCUCGUCCUUCCACCCAGCAGGAAAACGAACGAGUAUUGGCCAUCCUCGACGAAGCCAUCAAGAUCAUUCGGAGUGGCAACGACGACCUUUUCUCUUCCUCCUCCAUCUCCUUUGAAAGUACUACCAAUACUACCAGUAGUCAACAUCCUGCUGAUCCGCGUCAGUGA